GAGUCAGGACUCAGGUGAGACGCUCCUGUCUGUCAGCGCCAAUCAGAGACGCGGAGGAGUUCAAUUAAAGGGAACGCGUUCGCUUUCUGCGGCUGAAGAUCCUCCGCUCCGCUGCACGAGACUCUUCAGCUCUGAGCUCGCGCUGCUCUGCUUUUAUGUUGUGAACGCAGCUGAGCAGAUGCAGGUUCGAGUGCUGCUGAUCCUGAUACUGACAUCAGUAUUAAUCACACGAGCUCAAGUGCCGAUGCCCAGAAGGCUGCGUUUUAAAGAGCUGAGCUCCAACACGCUCGGCGUGACCUGGAAGGAGCCGAAGGGAGCAUUCGACAGCUAUAGACUCCUGUACAGCACUGACUCAGGAGACGAGCGUGAGCUGAUAGUGAGUAGAUCUGAGCCCAAAGCCGUCAUCGCUGGGUUUGACCGCAGGAAAGAGUACAGCGUGAAGAUCACAGCCAUCAGAGGAGCUGCGCAGAGUAAAGCCCUGCUGGGCAGAUUCACUGGAUCGGGAUCGGGGUCAGAGGUGAGUGACGUCAGCGAGCCGCUCGGUCAGCAGGACACCAGCGCAGACCCGCAGGACAAUGAGAUCAGAGAAGUGGACGUGUUCACAUGUAGAACUCCAGCCGUUGCCGAUAUCGUGAUCCUGGUGGAUGGAUCAUGGAGCAUCGGCCGAAUUAAUUUCCGUUUGGUGCGGAUGUUUCUGGAAAGUCUCGUCAGGGCCUUCGCGGUUGGAUCUGAACACACACGUGUUGGUUUGGCGCAGUACAGCGGGGAUCCGCGGAUUGAGUGGCAUCUGAACACUCACAGCACUAAAGAGGCUGUCAUCGACGCCGUGAAGACUCUGCCUUAUAAAGGAGGAAACACACUCACAGGUCUUGCUCUGACGUAUAUUCUGGAGAACAGCUUCAAAGCUGAAUCUGGAUCCAGACCUGACGUUCCUAAGAUUGGGAUUCUGAUCACAGAUGGGAAAUCACAGGACGAUGUUCUUUCUCCUGCUCAGAGACUCAGAGACGCUGGGAUUGAGCUGUUUGCUAUCGGAGUGAAGAACGCAGAUGAGAACGAGCUGAGAGCCAUCGCCUCCCCGCCGGAGCAGACACACGUGUAUAACGUGGCUGAUUAUAGCUUUAUGUUAGACAUCGUGGAGGGACUCACCAGGAGCGUCUGCGAGCGUGUCUCUGAACUCAGCAGAGAGAUCAGCGGUGAGACAGAUCCAUAUUCCACAAGGUCACUGGACGCUCCCAGUAACCUUGUGACCUCUGAGGUCAUGGCCAGGAGCUUCCGUGUGUCAUGGACCCAUGCUGCAGGACCGGUGGAGAAGUACAGAGUGGUGUAUUACUCACCCAGUGAAUCCAGACCCGAAGAGGUGGUGGUGAACGGCAAUGAUAACUCUGUGGUGUUGAGGUAUCUGAACUCUCUGACGGAGUAUCAGAUCACUGUGUUCGCCAUCUACAGCAACGCAGCCAGUGAAGCUCUGAGAGGCAGCGAGACCACCUUGGCGUUGCCGACGGUCAGUAAUCUGGAGCUGCAUGACAUCACUCACAGUAGCAUGCGUGCGCGCUGGCGGGAGGCAGAAGGGGCUUCUGGGUACAUGAUCCUGUACGCGCCUCUGACGGAGGGCGACCCCGCGGACGAGAAGGAGGUUAAAGUGUCUGACUCCGUGACUCAGGUUGAACUGGAAGGUUUAACUCCUGCGACCGAAUACACAGUGACUGUUUAUGCCCUGUAUGGAGAGGAAGCCAGUGACCCCAUGACCGCGCAGGAGACCACGCUCCGUCUGACUCCGGUUCGUAAUCUGCGCAUCUCAGACGUCAGACACAGCUCCGCUAAACUCUCGUGGGACGCGGCGUCUCGUAAGGUCAAAGGUUACCGUAUUGUUUAUGUGAAGACGGACGCUGUGGAGACCAAUAAGGUGGAAGUGGGUCCGGUCACCAAGCUGUUGCUGCGUAACCUGACCUCUCUGACGGAGUACACCGUCGCCAUCUUUGCCCUGUAUGACGAGGGACAAGCAGAACCGCUGACGGACAGCUUCACCACCAGUGAGGUUCCUCUGCCGCUGAAUCUCCGCAGCAGUGACGUGUCCACUGAUAGCUUCAGAGUGAUGUGGCAAGAUGCCGCUUCUGACGUCUCCUUCUACAGACUCACCUGGAGACCUGCAGCAGGCGGAGAGACUAAAGAGGUUCUCAUCAAUGAUAACUCCAACUGGUUUGUCAUCACGGGUCUGAAGCCUUUGACUAAAUAUGAAGUUUCUCUGUCUGCGAUCUACAGAGACGAGUCUGAGAGCGAUCUGGUGAAGAUCAGUGAGACCACAGUCGCCAGAACAACAACAGUUGUGACGACGACCGUCAGAACGACUACAGCCGUGCAGCGUCUGGCCAUCAGGAAUCUGCAGCUGAGUGAUGUGACGACCUUCAGCAUGCGUGUAUCAUGGGAUCCGCUGGGUCCAAACGUGCGUCAGUACCGAGUGUCGUACAUCAGCACAAGAGGAGACCGCGCCGAACAGACGGCCAUGGUUCCUGCGGCUCAGACCUCGCUGCUGCUGCAGCCUCUUCUGUCGGACACAGAGUACCGUCUCAGCGUCUCAGCGGUCUACAGCGACGGCGACGGGCCGCCCAUCACACGCCUCGCACGCACACUGCCUCUCUCUGCUCCCAGUAACCUCCGUGUGUCUGAGGAGUGGUACAACCGCUUCCGCAUCAGCUGGGACGCGCCGCCGUCGCCCACCAUGGGUUACAGGAUCGUCUACCAGCCCACCUCAGCGGCCAGCCACGCGCUGGAGACGUUCGUGGGCGACGACAUCAACACCAUGCUGAUCGUCAAUCUGUUGAGCGGGACGGAGUACAGCGUUAAAGUCAUCGCCACCUACACCACGGGAUCCAGCGAGGCCCUGAGCGGACGCGCCAAAACACUGUAUCUGGGAGUGAGUAACCUCAGCACGUAUCAGGUUCGGACGAGCAGCAUGUGUGUGCAGUGGCAGCCGCAUCGACACGCAAACCUGUACCGCCUCUUCCUGCAGUCGCCGCUCAACGGUGAGAAACAGGAAGUGAGGUUGAGCGGCUCCACGUCCAGACACUGCUUUAAUGAUCUGACGCCGAACACACAGUACACCAUCAGCAUUCACGCUCAGCUGCAGGACACGGAGGGACCCGCCGUCACCACCACACAGAGAACAUUUCCUGUGGCCACGGCUCCGCCCACUACACCCAGCACCACCACGGCGGUGUGCGGAGCCAGAAGGGGCGUGCCUAAAGUCCUGGUGGUGCUGACAGAUGGCCGUUCCCAAGACGACGUGCUCCAGGUUUCCCAGGAGAUCCAGGCAGAAGGCUACAUCGUUUUUGCCAUUGGUUUUUCUGAUGCUGAUUAUGGCGAGCUGGUGAGUAUCGCCAGCAAACCCAGCGAGAGACACGUGUUCUUCGUGGACGAUCUGGACGCUUUCAGAAAGAUUGAAGAGAAACUGAUCACCUUUGUUUGUGAAGCUGCAUCAGCAACGUGUCCAUCGGUACCCAUGAGCGGCAGCACUUUACCAGGGUUCAGGAUGAUGGAGACGUUCGGGCUGGUGGAGCAUAUGUACAGCAGUGUGAGCGGUGUGUCCAUGGAGCCGGGGACCUUCAACAGCUACAGCAGCUUCAGACUCGGCAGCGACGUGCUUGUCACGCAGCCCACCAGGUUCAUCCAUCCGGAGGGGCUGCCGUCAGACUACACCAUCACCAUGGUCUUCCGCCUGCUCCCCGAGACGCCGCAGGAGCCCUUUGCAUUGUGGGAAGUCCUCAACAGCAUCAACGAGCCGCUGGUGGGAGUCAUUCUGGACAAUCCAGGAAAGACGCUGACUUACUUCAACACUGAUUAUAAUGGUGAUUUUCAGACGGUGACGUUUGAGGGGCCGGACAUCCAGAAGCUCUUCUAUGGCAGUUUUCAUAAGCUGCACAUCGCCGUCAGUAAGACGUCGGCUCUUGUGAUGGUCGACUGUAAACCGGCAGGAGAGAAGCCUGUUAAUGCGGCCAAAAACAUCAGCACUGAUGGCGUGGAGGUUCUGGGACGGAUGGUGCGAUCCAGAGGAUCCAAAGACAACUCUGCACCGUUUCAGCUGCAGUCCUUUGAUAUUGUCUGCAGCACGUCAUGGGCUCAACGGGACAAAUGCUGCGAGCUGCCCAGCCUGAGAAAGGAAGCUGAGUGUCCAUCUCUCCCGCGCGCCUGCACCUGCACUCAGGACAGUAAGGGCCCCCCUGGCCUCGCCGGCCCCCCAGGAGGUCCAGGCAUCAGAGGAUCCAGAGGAGAUCGAGGUGAACCCGGCCCUGUGGGUCCUGUUGGUCCAGUGGGGGACGCUGGCGUUCCAGGUGCUCAGGGGCCUCCCGGUCCUCCGGGGCCCAGCGGACGCUCUAUCAGAGGCCCUCCGGGGGCUCCGGGUGAGACGGGACAGAAGGGUGACGCCGGUCCUUCAGGACUGCAGGGUGUUCCCGGCUCUCCAGGGCCUGCAGGCCGCGACGGGCAUCCAGGAUCGCGGGGUUUGCCGGGUCAGGACGGCCCUCAGGGACGAGUGGGACCACCGGGAACCAUAGGGGGUCCGGGAGCACCAGGGGCCCCGGGAGAAAAUGGCCCUCCAGGACCCACAGGAGACCAGGGUCCUCCGGGACACCUGGGACCCAAGGGAGAGAAGGGUGAGCGGGGUGACGUCCAGUCAACGGCUUCUGUCCAAGCCAUAGCCAGACAAGUGUGCGAGCAGCUGAUCCAGAGUCACAUGGCACGGUACAGUUCUAUUCUGAACCACAUUCCUAGUCAGCCAGUGUCGAUCCGCACCGUUCCCGGACCGCCAGGAGAGCCGGGACGACAGGGGACUCCAGGACCUCAGGGAGAGCAGGGGCCAUCGGGACGACCGGGAUUCCCUGGCACUAACGGAGAGAAUGGCCAGCCGGGAGCGCGAGGACCUCUGGGUGAGAAGGGAGAGAAGGGCAGUCCAGGUGUGGGAGUCCAGGGACCCAGAGGACCUGCUGGACCACCAGGAGCUCCUGGUGAAGGCCGAACAGGAAGUCCAGGUCCAUCUGGUCGCCCCGGUAACCCCGGCAGUCCCGGCAGACCUGGGAUUCCCGGACCUGUUGGUCCGCCCGGUCCGCCCGGAUACUGCGACCAGAACUCCUGCCUCGGCUACAACGUGGGAGAGCUGGGCGUUGAUGCUGACCUCACUGACACAGAUGUUCCUGCAGUUCAGCCCAGCUCCUACCAGCCGUACGGCCCGGAGGCCGAGGCCGAGGACGACGACCCCUACGGCUCCUACACCUCCUACUACCAGCCCAACUACCCUCCGCCGCGGCCCGUGCAGCCCGACGACCCCGUCAUAGAGGAGGAGCUGCGCUCGCCCGGCAUGCAGCGGCACACGCGCAGACGCUAGGAGAGCACGCACCGAGAGUGCGAGAGACAAUGACAGGAAUAAACUCAACAUUCUGAGAAGAAAGGGCUGAAUUGUGAGAUAAAAGUCGUUUUUAUUUUUUUAUAAAAACAGUGUUAUAAUCGGACAGCGACAAUGAUGAUCUGCUUUUUCAUUCUUAUAUGCUCAAUUAAAGAUGAUUUCUAUUAGUAGACCAGUAGAUUUCAUAGCAAAAGCAUCUGACAUUGUAAAAUGCAGCCAUGUUUAUGCCGUUCAGCAUGUGAUUUAGAUCUGAAUAAAUGUUCAUUUCCGUCUGUUUUU